AUGGAGGAGGCCGGAGGGCCCCCGGCUCGGGCUGAGGCCCGCGUGGUGAGCGCCACGCUGAUGUGGAGACAGCGCACUCCUGCCCAGGAUGAGGUCAGACAUCACUUCCACAAGGUGUCCCUGGUGUCCAGCACCCGGGGGGACGCCUCCCGGGAGGAGCUGCUCAGCCAUCGGCGAGAGGAGGUCAAUGGUUUUGCCGUCUGGGAAGAGGAGACGGCAACUUACCAGGCCCCCCGGGAUGGGGCAGCCUCCAAGAACUUCCAGAGCCACGGACCCAUCUUUUCCAAGAAGUUUGCCCCACUGCCCAAGGAGAAAAGGCCGCCAGGGAGGCCCGGGGAGGCUGUGGACCGGGGUGAUGUCCGGGUCCAAGAGGCCCGGACUGAGUCCUCCAGCGCAGCAUCGCUGGCCAGGACGGAGCUUCUGGUUCCACUGCCGGGCCCCCGGGAGCCGAGCCCGCACCCUGGGGGGAGUUUGCUUAGCGGGAGCCGCCGCGAGGAGCGUCGAGUCACACGCACCGUGCGGACUACCGUGGUGCUGGGUGGGCAGGUGGAGCGUCGCAUGAGCAGCUCGGUGACCUCGGUGUCCCCUGCGGGAGAGGCCCUGCCCCGGGGUCGCAAUACUGCCCGUGCUGUCCGGGCAGUGGUGGUGAACCCCUCUGCAGAGGGCAUCCCCAGCCGCAGCCAGGCCCUGCAGCUGCUCAGCAGCCUGGUUCCUGCGGAGCGGAGCUCCCCUGCCAGCCGCCAUGCCGGGCUCCCCGCGGCCAGGCCGGGCCAGCUGCCUGAGAUGGGAACAGUGGAGCCAAAGGACAACUCUUCCCGGCCAUCUGCGGGGACUCCGGAGGGUUUGCGCCCCACUCAGGACCGGGAGGUCCCUAUUGCCCGCCCACACCAAGUCCCCGGCAAAUCCUCAGAUCCUGCAGCCUCCGAGGCCUCCAGGAUGCCUGGGGCGGCCCAGCCGCAUCUGGCAGCGCCCUUCUCGCCCAGAUUGUCACACCGUCCCCUCUCCCUGGGCCUGGCCCAGCCCCCAGAGCAGCUGGCGGUGUUCCCUCACCCCAGGCCUCAGUUCACUCUGGAGCCAAGGACCCCCCCAGCUCUGUCCUCUGUCAGCAGGGAAGGACUCACGGAUUCCUCCGCUUCCACAGGGCUGCCCACUGUGAGGGACAAGGCCUCGGCUGUGCCUGGGAGGUCCUUGGCUCUAUCCCCUACAGAAAGUCAGGCUCUCCCUGGCCCAGAAAGCCUCACUGCUCCUUCCUCCCCGCGGGAUAAGGUGCUUAAGGACUUGGAAAAUGUCCCCAUCUCCUCUGUCACCCAGGAAGAGGAGGUGCAGGGUUCAGCUGCGCCCCCAGCUGCUGCCUCCUUGGAGGACGAGGCGUCUCCCAGCCAAGAAGUGCUGUAUAGGGAGAAGGCGCCCCCGGCCGCUGAGCUGGAGGCGCCUCUGGAGAUUCUUCCUGGUCUUCCUGCUGCCUCAACCUCCCAAUCCACCACUUUGGUCCAGCACACAGACGGCAGCCCUAGCAUCCCAAAAGAGGAUGUCCUAGCUGUCCAAGUCAGCCUGACCCCUUCUCUCACCAAGGAAGAGACAGUUCAAGACCUGCAUGCUGAGGUCAUUCCAGCCCCUGAACAGGAGAAAGUGACCCAGGACUCAGUCCCCAGCCCCCAGGCCUCUGCUGCCCCAUUUUCUAUCCCCAGAGUAGUGGUGCAGGGGCCUGAUGAUGAUGAUCUCCCUGUCCCAUCCUCCUCGAUGGAUGAGCUUCUCCCCAGUCCAGAAGGCCCCUCCGGCCCUGUGCCAGUGGAUGUACAGCCCAGCUUGGGGACCUGGCCAGUCUCUGACUCCCCUGAGAGCAAGAUGCUUCCGGAGCCCUCAAGGGAGGAGGAGGAGUCAGUGCUGGUGGCGGACAUGGAAUCUUUCCUGGACACUCUGCGGCGCAUGGAGCCCCCCGAGAUCCUCCGCACCCACCGGCUACCACGUGCCCCUCGCUCCUCCUACCUGACCAGGUAUGCCACGCUGCCUGCCAUUGAGGAGGACCAGCCUGGGCCAUGGGUGCUGGGGCCUGGCCCGCAGGAAGUUCCAGAACUGGAAGAGAAGGAGCAGGAGCAGGAGCAGGAGCAGGAGGAGGAGGAGGAGGAGGAGGAGGAGGAGGAGCCCGAGAACCCCUACCUGAGUGACAACGAGAAGCUGCAGCGCCGGCAGGAGAAAACCGAGUCCCAGCCGCUCUGGGAGUCCCGCCCUGCGCGGCGCUCCGAGGUCUCUUGUUCGCCCCUGGAGAUGUUGAAGAAGCACGUGGCCAGUGCCAAGGGUGCCCAGGCGGAGCCGGGGCUGGAGUGGCAGGUGGGCAGCAGGCCCACUUCCCGUCUCGGAGGCAGCAUCCUUUUUGGUAACUUGGUGCCCACCACCAGAGACACUCCUGCCUUGGAACCGCUGGGCACAAAACUCUCUGCUCUGCCGCCCCACAAGGCCCCAGGGCUCAGGAAGAUGCCAGGACAGCUGCCCCUUCUCUACAACGAAGGACCCCCUGCUGAGAAGCCCGAAAGUGCCCGGCCCCCGGAGGGGUGGCACCCAGCACUGAAGACCCAGAGCAAACUGAACACCAGGCCUGGCAAGAUCAUCCUCUUCUCAGAGGCUGGCUGCCGAGGCAGCAGCAAAGAGGUCUGGGAUGAUGUGGCUGACGCCUCCUCCUGGGCCCACGUGGCCUCCGUCAGGGUGGUGCGAGGCUGCUGGGUGCUUUAUGAAGAGCCGGAGUUCCAGGGCCAGAAGCUGGUCCUGCCGGAAGGAGAGGUGGAACUCCGGGCUCUGGGCUCAGCGUGGAGGACCCAAGGCAUUGGCUCCCUGAGAAGGGGUGUCCGGGACUAUCUGACCCCACGGAUCAGCCUGUACUCUGAGGAGGGCCUCAUGGGGGAGCAGGUGAUACUCACUGAGACCUUGGAGACCCCCCGGCACCUGGAGAGGCCCCUGAAGGUGGCUUCUGCCUCUGUCGCUGCAGGACUAUGGCUACUGUACCCCAAACCCUGCUUUGAAGGCACACCCUGCAUUCUGGAGCCCGGAGAGUACCCCACCUCGAAGGCCUGGGGUGCCUCUGACCACAGCGUGGGCUCCCUGAAGCCCAUGACAUUGGGCUGCCCAAGCGUGGAAAAGCCAGGGGAACCCAAGGCCGUGGUGUAUGAGGCCCCGGAUUUUCAGGGCCAGAGCUGGGAAGUGAGCAGAGAUAUCUACAAUCUGAGGCAACCAGAGGACAGUCAAAGCCCCCACUUGACUUCUGUGGGGUCCCUGCGAAUACUUGGGGGCUGCUGGGUGGGCUACGAGAAAGAGGGCUUCCGGGGCCAUCAGUACCUGCUGGAGGAGGGAGAAUAUGCUGACUGGUCUCACUGGGGAGGCUAUGAUGAGGUGCUGACCUCCCUACGGGUCAUCCGGACGGACUUUGGGGAUCCGGCCGUGGUGCUGUUUGAAGCCAUGGACUUCGAGGGGCACAGCGUGGAGGUGAGCGAGGCAUUGCCGGACGUGGAACUGGAGGGGCACGGCCCCCACACGCAGGCCAUCCAUGUACUCAGUGGCGUCUGGGUGGCCUAUCAGGAAGUUGGGUUCUCCGGGGAGCAGUACGUGCUGGAGAAAGGCGUGUACCGCAACUGCGACGACUGGGGCUUGGGCAACAGCGCCCUCGCCUCGUUGCAGCCGGUCCUGCAGGUCGGGGAACACAAUCUACACUUUGUCUCGAAGAUUCAGCUUUUCUCCGGCCCCGAUUUCCUGGGCGACCACAUCUCCUUCGAGGAUGACCAGACCUCUCUGCCGCCCUCCUUCCAGGCCCAGUCUUGCCGCGUCCACGGCGGCAGCUGGAUCCUGUUUGACCAAGACAACUUUGAGGGCGAGCAGCACAUCCUCUCCGAGGGCGAGUUCCCCACGCUCACGGCCAUGGGCUGCUCUGCCUCCACAGUCCUGGGCUCUCUCCGGAAGGUGCCCCUGCACUUCUCAGAGCCCUCCAUCUUCCUGUACGGACUGGAGUGCUUCGAGGGCAAAGAGAUCGAGCUCAGCGGGGAGGUGCGGAGCCUGCAAGCUGAGGGCUUCAACAACCAUGUGCUGUCUGUGCGGAUCAAGGGGGGCAGCUGGGUGCUAUGUGAGCACAGCGACUUCCGGGGGCGCCAGUGGCUGGUGAACAGCUGCGAGAUCACCAAUUGGCUGACCUACAGUGGGACGCAGAGGGUAGGCUCCCUCUACCCCAUCAAGCAGCGCAGGGCUUAUUUCCGCCUGUGGAAUGAGGCCUUGGGAGGAUUCCUGGCAAUGCCAGACCAUGUGGAAGACAUGAAAGCAGGCCGUGUGGUGGUCUCUGAGCCCCAAGCGGGAGGCAGCUGCAUCUGGUACUACGAAGAGGGGCUGCUGAAGAACCAGAUGGCCCCCACCAUGAGCCUGCAGGUGAUUGGACCUCCCAGCCUGGGCUCCAAGGUGGUCCUGUGGGCUGAGAGCCGCCUGCCCCGCCAGACAUGGAGCAUCAGUGAGCUGGGCCACAUCUGCAGCCAGAUGUUCGAAGGCCGGAUCCUAGAUGUGAAGGGUGGCCGGGGCUAUGACCGGGACCACGUGGUGCUGUGGGAGCCGACCAAGGACAGGCCAUCCCAGAUCUGGACUGUCCAUGUGCUUUGAACUGUCCCUCAAA